CUUAAAUUUUUCGUUUUGAUGAGUAUGGCGGGUGAUAUAUGCUAUAUUCAGAUAAAUGAGAAUAGGAGGAAUAACAGUAGAAAUGAAACGAACAGAAGAUACCGCUACCUGCAAGUUUUUCUCAAUGUUGCUCCCAUUUUUAUAUAUUUUGGCAUUUUGAUAUGGCGAUUCAUCAGCUUGGUGCUGUACACCAUUUACGCUACAGAUUGCUUCUUCCGCGAAAAGGUUGCGAGCUAUCGCUGCCAAAACUUCACGAUUUUUCCUUACGCAAAAGAACUAGAGAUAAAUUGGCAGGUGGUAUCGUUUAUCAACACUGUACUUAUUAUUCUUGUACUCCGAGAGGUACCAGGCUAUGAAGGAUAUCGUUCUGCGAUUCGAAACAACUCGAAAUAUGCCCGGUUCUGGUCCCUUUUCGCGCAAUUGUUGGUCGCUGUUGGUUACAACAUCAUCGUCAUCUGCACAGAAACAUCCAGAGUAAAUAAAAUUAUUGAGGUUAUGUUCAUUCUCGGAGAGAUUGCGACCACCCUGGUAGUGUAUCUGUGGAACAAGGUAGCCGCACCAUGGAGGGAACCCAGAGACACCGUAAAGAACUUGGCAUACUCGCUAACCCUGCUUUUGUUUAUCGUGGAGAACUUAUACCUUUUCAUAUUGAUUUCCACGCAAGCAGCUUUCCAAGUAACAGGUGUGGACAAUUUUCGUCGAACCCCAUCCGCCCUUCGAGCAGUUACCAUAAUGGUCAAUGCUGCAGAAGCCACCUUCUAUUACGCCAUGAUGAAAUUCUUUUGGAACAAAUGGUUUGACGAUCGAAGAAACCUUUUGGACAAUGACAAUGUUUGAGAACCUCACUUGCAUCCACCACGGUUGUCGACGGUGCGAUUUGUGAGCCGGUGCGAUUUGUGAGCCGAGCUUUUCAUGAGCAGAACUUGACGUAAUAGAAUCUGAACCGACUCAGAGAUUAUAAACUAGUUUGUUUGAGGAUACUUCCAUCAAUGGAAUUGAUUGAUGUUGUAGGAGCAAGUAGUUUCUCUCCUUGACCGGAUGAUUCCCAUAUCGUAAAUUUGCAUUUAUUAGCAUUCAGUUUGAAAGACCAGCACCAGCUUGUACUCACUAAUUUUAGAUAAGCUUCACAGGGCCGAAACGGUAUUACUGAACAAAAUUAGAGCUAUAUGGUAGCGUACUGUCAGGAAAAAGUGCA